UGAAAUCACCUUUUUGUUGAUUGAAAUUCGUAUCGCGAGUACACGUGAGAAUAGCAGUGUUAGUCUGUGAGCACAUUUAUUUAGCAUACUUUUGUACGUCCACCGAGCACCAAGAUAUUGUAAAGAAAAAAGGGAAAUUAAAACUAAGAUCUCUUUUACGUAAUAAAAGAUAUUGUAAUCCUACGUUGUCACGGAUAGAGAGAUAUUUAUUAGAUCGUCGAACACGCCGCUUCUCUUUUGCUUUUACGAAUACAUAUCGAGAACAGUUAUAUUUAACGCUAAUUGAAAACGCGCCGAUCUCGAUUAUUUUCGCCACGGUACACCGAAUACCGCUUCUUCUUCCGAUUUGUUCUGGAAUAAUUUCACGAGCGAGGAACGGUAUUACACUCGACCAGUCCACCGCAAAUAUUAUCCUUCUGCAUCCUGACGUUCCGAGUGACAGGUCGGACAAAUCCGAUUCACCACCCCGUUUCCACCACCAUCGACGUUAACUUUCCUCGGAUAAGGGGUGUGUUUCACGUCGUGUCCGAGUUUGGUCUCACCCGCGGACGCGAUCGGGCGCGAUCAUUUGUAUCACUCGCAAUCGACGACGAGACAUCGCGACGCGGUCAGCCCUUCACGAAUUGCGCGCAACGAUAUCAAGCUUGCGAAGUAGAGUAGACGCACACAAACAUGGGUAAAUAAGCGUCUUUUUUCAUCUUCUCCAUAAGAGCCGAGUUGUAAUAUCUCAGUGGCUGCUAUUAGUGAGAAAACACAUGCGAUACAAACGGCGUUGAGAUCGCGAGGAGAAAGGAAACGAUCGUUAAAAUUCGUAACUCGUAAAAUGAGUAUCGGUGUUGCUCGUAUUCUCAACUGACGAACGAUAAUGUUUCUCGUGACAGGGAGAACUUUACCCACACCGGUUUCUUGUAAAGUAUGUGGCGACCGAUCGUAUGGGAAACAUUAUGGUGUUUAUUGCUGCGACGGCUGCUCGUGCUUCUUCAAGCGAUCUGUGCGCCGCGGCGCUCUGUUCACCUGCAUAGCCACGGGCUCUUGCACUAUUGCGAAAGCUACGCGAAAUUUCUGUCCGCAUUGUCGUCUAAAGAAAUGUUUCUCCGUCGGCAUGAAUACAGCAGCGGUGCAGGAAGAGAGAGGGCCGCGAAUACGAAAUAACGCGCUGCCGAGUCCGCAUAAUUCCAACACCGUCUGGAAGCCCAAAGUUAACCCAACGGGAGCUCUUUGUGUUCGUUUGAACAGCUCCAAGGUGUAUUUGCCCUUCAAGAGCUCCACAUUGAACAGUACUUUAACAAUGAAAACGAUACACGAGUCCGACACCAAGGAAGAGAUCACCUUUCCCGUCUUGUCGCGCCAGAUACAACCAACUGCGAGAAUAUCGCCCGGCACGGCUAUACAGUACGAGAUCUCCGCGCAGAUAUUCCUGGCUGCCGUUCAAAGUGCUCGUCGGCAUCGAGACUUCUCGCUGCUAGAGCUGGAGGAGCAAAAUAAAAUUCUCCGUCGCGGUUGGUCCGCUCUUUUCAUUUUACGCGCGGCCACAUGGCCAGUCGAUAUAACGAACAUACGUGGGCAAAAUGCAGCGACAAACGGCGGUGCAUCGGCUUAUCUGACCGCGGCACGCAUCGCGAUCGCCAAGCUGCAGCUUGAUGAUGUCGAGCUGUGCAUCUUGGACACGUUCGUCCUGUGUCGACCCGAAAUCGCUAAUACCGCGGACGGCUUUCGCGUAACAUCGCGGGCGAGAGACAAUGCCGUGGAGGCUCUGAUCCGGCAUCAUCAGCAUCGAGACGAUCGUGCUAAGAAAUUGAUCAGGAUCCUGUUUGUCUUACCUAUACUCACCGGUUGUUGCCCUCAGGAAUUGGCUGGAGAACUGUUCGCGCCGAUUAUUGACGAUGCGGACAUGGAAAGAGUCAUCGCGUCUGUGCGAUGAAUCUUUCG